AUGGCCAGCCGUCCCCACCGCAUCCGCUCCGGCUAUGGGGUCAGGAACUUCAGCUCCUGCUCUGCCAUCCUGCCCAAGCCGUCGGCCCACAGCUGCUCCAGUGCCAUGGCCUACCGCGGGGGCAGUCCUGGGGGGCUCGGCUACAGGCGCCUCGGGGGCUUUGGCAGCCGGAGCCUGUGCGCAGUGGGGUCCCCGCGGAUGGCGGUGAGCUGUGGAUGGCCCCUGCGCAGCGGGGGCAGCUUUGGCUACCGCGUAGGGGGACUUUGUGGACCCAGCCCGCCCUGCAUCACCAGCGUGUCGGUCAACGAGAGCCUCCUCACGCCCCUCAACCUGGAGCUUGACCCGAAUGCGCAGUGCGUCAAGCACCAGGAGAAGGAGCAGAUCAAGUGCCUGAACAACAAGUUUGCUGCCUUCAUUGACAAGGUGCGCUUCCUGGAGCAGCAGAACAAGCUUCUGGAGACCAAGUGGCAGUUCUAUCAGAACCGCAAGUGCUGUGAGAGCAACCUGGAGCCCCUGUUCGAGGGCUACAUCGAGACGCUGAGGCGGGAGGCCGAGUGCGUGGAGGCCGACAGCGGGAGGCUGGCCUCGGAGCUCAACCAUGUGCAGGAGGUGCUGGAGGGCUACAAGAAGAAGUAUGAAGAAGAAGUGGCCCUCAAGACCACGGCUGAGAAUGAGUUUGUGGUGCUGAAGAAGGACAUAGACUGUGCCUACCUGCGCAAGGCUGACCUGGAGGCAAAUGUGGAGGCGCUAAGGGAGGAGAUGGGCUUCCUACAGGCCCUCUAUGAGGAGGAAAUCUACCUCCUUCAGUCACAAAUCUCUGACACCUCGGUGGUCGUCAAAAUGGACAACAGCCGGGAGCUCAACAUGGACUCAGUGGUGGCCGAGAUCAAGGCUCAGUAUGACGACAUCGCCAGCCGCAGCCGGGCCGAGGCGGAGUCCUGGUACCAAACCAAGUGUGAGGAGAUGAAGGCCACGGUGAGCCAGCAGGGCGAGAACCUCCGCAGAACCAAGGACGAGCUCAAUGAGCUGAACCGCAUGAUCCAGAGGCUGACGGCAGAGGUGGAGAAUGCCAAGCAGCAGCGGUGCAAGCUGGAGGGCGCCGUGGCUGAGGCAGAGCAGCAGGGCGAGGCAGCCCUCGGUGAUGCCAAAUGCAAGCUGGCGGGGCUGGAGGCCGCCCUUCAGAAGGCCAAGCAGGACAUGGCCUGUCUGCUCAAGGAGUACCAGGAGGUGAUGAACUCCAAGCUGGGCCUGGACGUGGAGAUCGCCACUUACAGAAAGCUGCUGGAGGGCGAGGAGAGCCGCUUGUGUGAAGGCGUGGGCUCCGUCAAUAUCUGUGUGAGCCGUUCCCAGGGUGGCGUGAUCUGCGGUGACCUCAGUGCCACUGUCCCUCGUGGCCCAGGGGUUGUGGCUUCCAGCAGUGGUGCCCUCUGCUCCCCCUCUGUAGUGGGGGCCUGCUCCGGUGUGAGAUCCGUGCGGUUUGCAUAG